AUGUCUUCUACUUCUUCUUCCACUUCCACUUCAGUUCUUACUUCUUCUUCUUCUGCCCCUUCUCUUCAUUCUUCCACCGAGAAAUCGGCUUCUACAUCGUCCAAAAGCGUAUCCAACUCUCUCGCCAAUCUUCACUUCAAAAAGAAGCCAGUCCAUGACUCCAGCGCGACCACCACGACCACUUCUGCUGCUAACGACAAUCCCACAACUGCCAGCACAGCCACCAAUGAGCGCUCGUCCGUCAAUCAGUCUACCACGGUCCACACAGCACAGGAUACUGGCGAACCCGUGGCCAUCACCAAUGCACAUGCUACUCCUUACAACCAAGAUGUCGAUAUGGUUGAAGCUGAGCCUGUUGCACUCCUGGAGGCUUUCAGUGCGAACACGCACUUCACUACACUCUUGCCCGCUGCCGAGCUUGAUCACCAUCACUUUGAAGCCACUUUGCCCUUCAGCGAUCUCAUCUCCGAGGCCAGGACUACCUUUGCCGACCACACACUCGCCACCACUCGCAUCGACACGACCCGCCUGGUCACUUCCCUUCAAAAGCCAUGGCCUUACCGUCGUCUUGGAUCCAUUAUGCCCAGAGGAUUCUCCCAUCUGAAGGAUAUACUUCGCUUCAUGACCGACCUCAACAAGACCAAGCACGACAAGGCCAAAAAGAAGCUGCUCAUUGAGCCGAUUGGUUACCGCGAAGUGGCACAGAUGCUCAACGCCGAUGACGCACAGGAUCGCCGACUCCCCACCAUCAACGGCGACAGUUCCGUGAACUAUACCAAGUGGCACCACAGGCGAUACCCUCUUCAAGUCGACGCGGCUAAACCAGAACAGAUUGAGUUUGGUGUCAAAUACCAGUGUCUAUUCAACAACGUCGACCCUAGCUCUAUCAGCACUGCCCUAAUCAACGCAAACACCGCAUUCGCUAGCUCCUCCAAGCACAGGUAUUCGGACUCCAGGGACAGGGCGUAUCGUUCCAAGAAGGCGCAUUUCUAG